AUGGCGCAAACACCACCGCGAGCGAGGUGGCGCCGCAACACGCGACAUCGGAAAGUACAAUGCGUACAGUCCGGAGGCGUGGAAGCCGUGUUCACGCUGUGUCGCGACUUCGGGGCGUACAUGCUCAGUCGACAGCCGACACCACAGCAGGGCCAGCGCGGCUCCAUCAUCAACAUCGCCAGCCUGGUCAGCUUCUCGAGUGGUCUGACCGUGCCAGCCUAUGCCAGCCCCAAGGGCGGCGUUGCGCAGCUGACCAAGGCCCUGAGCAACGAGUGGGCGGGCCGCGGUGUCAAUGUGAAUGCCAUCGCGCCGGACUACGUCGCCACCGACAUGAACGAGGCGCUCAUCAACGACGAGACCCCGCGCCCCAUCCCCAUCUUCGUGCGAUCGGCAGGACAUACGUGGCGCCGACUCUCCCGCGAGGAGGAGGACGAGAGUAUCCGGCCCCGAGCGGAGGAUGGGAGGCACGUACAUGCUGGCUUCGGCGUAAGAUCCUUCGAUCUGGCUCUCAUGCGUCGUCGCUGGCGCCGCCUCUUUCAGCGCAGGCUUGGAAAUGGAGGCGAAGAAAGACGUCCCCGGCCCGCCCGUGUUGCUGAGAACAUCCAGCAGUUCCAUCAGCUGUGCUUCUCCACGUCGGACCAAGGACUGCACGUCCGCGAUUGGGAACGGCGUCUUCGGACCGACCAUGCCCCCGACGCGGUGGACAUAGACGUGCUGUCUGGGAAUCUUGAGUUCGAGUUGUGCGUGGUCUAUGAAGUUUCUCUUCCGUCAAUCAGUGCUGGGGAGAUUGCUGCGAAUGCCGAGUCGCCUUCGAGCGACAAUCCUCCUCCACCACCUCCACCACCAUCGCCUGAAACCGCCAAGCUUCAACGACCACAAGAGUCUCGAGUGCUCCGACACAGCGCGAAUGGAAACGCGAAGCAGCGGCAAGGAUCGACACGAUGCAAGGAUAUCUGGAGAGGUAUUCUGGCCGAGGAAACCUGGAUCCCGCAGCAACGCGAUGAUACGUUGAGGCACUCAAUGUAUUGUUUGUGGAUCAGACAAGAAUAUGGUUGGGACAUGUUGAACCUGUGCCAGGACACCGUCGACGGCUGUGAGGAAUGUGUGGCUGGGGGAGCAGAGGAUGCUUGA